CCUGAGAGAUAACGACAAAGAAACAACAAAAUAAAAAUAAGAAAAAAAUUCCUUUUUUUCCGUAAAAAAGAGGGAAAAAAUUCGAAAAAAAUCGACUGCAACCACCAAAAGCUCAGCCAAAAGCAGAGGCCACAAAUCUCUCUUCAUCUAUCCUUGAGGAUAAACCCAAUUUUUUUGGGGGUUUUUUUUUUCUUUCAUUCGUCUAUGACUCAAAUCUGUUUCUAGGGUUCCAAACCAGAGAGAGACAGAGGUUUAGGAAAAAAAAUGGCCAUGGCGAUGGCUCUUCGGAGGCUUUCUUCUUCAAUUGACAAACCCGUUCGUCCUCUUAUCAGAUCCACUUCUUGCUACAUGUCUUCUUUGCCCAGUGAAGCUGUUGAUGAGAAGGAGAGAUCUCGUGUCACUUGGCCAAAACAGCUUAACGCACCUUUAGAGGAGGUUGAUCCUGAGAUUGCUGACAUUAUUGAGCAUGAGAAAGCUAGGCAAUGGAAGGGACUUGAACUUAUUCCAUCUGAGAACUUCACAUCUGUGUCGGUGAUGCAAGCUGUUGGGUCUGUGAUGACUAACAAGUACAGUGAAGGGUAUCCUGGUGCCAGAUACUAUGGAGGAAACGAGUACAUAGACAUGGCAGAAACCUUAUGCCAGAAGCGCGCUCUUGAAGCUUUCAGGUUAGAUCCUGAAAAGUGGGGAGUGAAUGUGCAACCUUUGUCUGGAUCUCCGGCCAACUUCCAUGUCUACACUGCAUUGUUAAAGCCUCAUGAGAGAAUCAUGGCACUUGAUCUUCCUCAUGGUGGUCAUCUUUCUCAUGGUUAUCAGACUGACACCAAGAAGAUAUCUGCUGUGUCUAUCUUCUUUGAAACAAUGCCCUAUCGACUGGAUGAGAGCACUGGCUACAUUGACUACGAUCAGAUGGAGAAAAGUGCUACUCUUUUCAGGCCAAAAUUGAUUGUUGCUGGUGCAAGUGCUUAUGCUCGAUUGUAUGACUAUGCCCGCAUCCGAAAGGUGUGUAACAAGCAAAAAGCUGUCAUGCUAGCAGAUAUGGCACACAUCAGUGGUCUAGUUGCUGCUGGUGUUAUCCCUUCACCGUUUGACUAUGCAGAUGUUGUAACCACCACAACACACAAGUCACUUCGUGGACCCCGUGGAGCCAUGAUAUUUUUCAGAAAAGGUGUUAAGGAAACUAACAAACAAGGAAAAGAGGUUAUGUAUGAUUUUGAAGACAAGAUCAAUCAAGCUGUAUUCCCUGGUCUUCAAGGUGGCCCACACAACCACACUAUUACAGGACUAGCUGUUGCUUUGAAACAGGCAACUACUUCAGAGUACAAAGCAUACCAAGAGCAAGUCCUGAGUAACAGUACAAGGUUUGCUCAGACUCUGAUGGAGAAAGGAUAUGAACUUGUUUCUGGUGGAACUGACAACCAUCUGGUUCUAGUGAAUCUGAAACCCAAGGGUAUUGAUGGAUCUAGAGUUGAGAAAGUGUUGGAAGCUGUUCACAUUGCAUCCAACAAAAACACUGUUCCUGGAGAUGUUUCUGCCAUGGUUCCUGGUGGAAUCAGAAUGGGUACUCCUGCUCUCACUUCCAGAGGCUUUGUUGAGGAAGACUUUGCCAAGGUAGCUGAAUACUUCGACAAAGCUGUGAAGUUGGCUCUCAAAGUCAAAUCUGAAGCUCAAGGAACCAAACUGAAGGAUUUUGUGUCAGCAAUGGAAUCUUCUUCAACCAUUCAAUCAGAGAUUGCGAAGCUGCGCCAUGAAGUCGAGGAAUUCGCUAAGCAGUUCCCAACAAUUGGGUUUGAGAAAGAAACCAUGAAGUACAAGAACUAAAAAUGUUUUAUCUCACAACUCUUUCUUUUAUUGUCCUUUGAAUUUCCAUGGAAUGUAUAGAUGAUGAUACAUGUAAAACUCUGUUAUUGUCUAUUUUACGCUAUGCAAAAAAUAAUGAUCUGAGUAUUCUCUGUUA